ACAACGCCGUCUUACGUCAAUUAAAACUUCGGUGUGUCCAGCAGACAGACUUGGGGGCUGGAGUCUGAGGAGAGUCGUCCCCGGUCUUGAGGGAAAACUGAAAUAUGUGAUCAAGCGAUUCGGCACCAACACACGAAACAUGGGGGACAUGGAGACAUUCGAUGAGUCUGAGACUGCAGUGUCCAUGGAGAUGGUGCUGCCAAUGGACAUGGUUUCUGAGGAGGUGGUGACACAGGAUGAGGGUGGAGCAGAUUCAGACGGCCUGACCGCAGCCAUGGACAGCCUGACCUCACUACCUUCAGUCAGCAUACUCAGCAAAUUUGGAAAAGAGUUUCGUUACCUGGAGGACUCGAGCGAGGACGAGCAUGACCCCGAUCCCAACCCCAACCCUGCGGCGGGCAGGCCGUACGUGUCAGGGCAAAACUCAGCUGAGGAGGGGAGCGGCAGCGACGUUUGGACGGGCAGCGCAAGGGACGACUGCCUGUGCUGGGAGUGUGGCGAGCGAUUCCACUCCCUGGAGCGGCUGAUGGUGCACUUCCGCAAGCACGAGGCCUGCGUCCGCUGCAACAUGUGCCAUGUCACCUUCCGCCGGGUGGUGUCCCUCAGCAUGCACCUCGACAACGUGCACAACAACGUGGACCUGUACUGCGCCCCCUGCAGCCGCCUCUUCCACAGCAAGUGGGACCUCAACGAACACCUGGGGAAGCACUCCGAGCCCGGCUCCGAGCCCGAGCCUUGCGCAGAGCCCCAGGAGGAAAUAGAGGUGCAUCUUGUGACGAGCGACACUGAGGGGGAGCCCAUGCCCAAGCCUGUAUCUCGUCCCGUGUCUGUACCUGUGUCUACACCCGUUCCUGUGUCUGUGCCUAUGUCUGUGGCUGUGCCUAGACCUGUUCCUGUGUCUGCACCCAUGUCUGUGCCCAAAUCUGUACCUGUGUCUGCACCCAUUCCUGUAACUGUGUAUGCACCAAAGUCUGUACUUGUGCCUAGACCUGUUUCUGUGUCUGGACCCAUUUCUGUGUCUAUACCCAAUUCUGUACCUGUGUCUGGACCUGGACCUGUUCCUGUGACUGGACCCAGUUCUGUGUCUAUACCCAAAUGUGUUCCUGUGUCUAGACCUGUUCCUGUGUCUGGACCCGUUCCUGUGCCUGCACCUGUGCCUUUAUCUGUACCAAUGUCUGUACCUAUAUUUUUACCUGUGUCCAUACCUCUGUCUUUACCUGUGUCUGUGCCUAUACCUACAUCUGUACCAGGUCCUUUUUCUGUACCUAUUCCUAUGUCUGUACCUGUACCUAUGGCGAUAUCCACGCCAUCCCCAUCUUCCACUGCAAAAGACCAGGGCUCCCCUCUGGGUGACUCAACCCUGCCCGAGCUAGUGGCCCGGGACCACACGUACAACAACAGCUGCAAGGCUGACAAUGGAGCGGCAGCCGGCACCUAUACCCUGCGCCACACCCACAGGCUCACCAAGGCCCUGCCGGAGAGCGCCCACCAGGAGAAGGAGGCGAGGGUCGCGGGAGGGGGAAGGGACAGACACGUGGAGGACUUUGCUGUGGGGAAGGCUGUCAAGCUAGACGCCUCCCCUUUGACCCCUCCCCUCCUUCGCUCCUUGGCCUCUUCGGAACAGGAUGGCAAAAUGGAACAGGGGGGCAUGGAUCCCUGCAGCGGGGAGGUGCCGUGGGAUGGUGAGCCGAUCGAAGAAGAUGACCUGGAACACUCGGGCGAGGAGGUGAAUUCCGACGGAUUUAUGUCCCCUGGGGACAGCUCUGAGUACGAUCCAGGCACCGCCUCCGAUGCCUCCUCGGAGUCGAUCAGCAGCGGGAACUCAAGCGGGUCCUCCUACACCCCUAACAAGCGGGGAGGCAAGAAGGUGAAAACUAGGCGGUGUCUUGCGAUCAAGAGGCCGUGCAAGGCUGAGUCGAGCCAAGUGGCAAUAGCUCCUGCUCGACAGCCAGUCGUAAGUGAUUCUGUCAACUUCGGCCAGACCAUUAGGCAUCAGCAGAAACCACAGCCCAACAUUCAGGCUCCUGCGAAGCAGAAUGUCACAGACACAUCUGCCCCUGGUCACAACAAGGCCUUAGCCCGCCCGGUCUUUGGGCCCUCGCGGAUGUACGCCUGCGACCUUUGCCGUGAGGUGUUCCCUGAGCAGGUCUCCUACAGACGCCACCACUGCCCCGUGAAGGCGGCCAUCAUGUCCUGGAGAGGCCCAGCUUCCAUCCCGGCCCCUGCCAUCCAAAAUCCCACUGCAGCCCCCAUCCCGGCACCCGGAGCUCUGAGAACAAUCGCCGUACCUUCGGCCAGCAGCCUGGUCUCCACCCCCGGGCAAGUGCUGAACUCCGGCAGCGGGGUCCUGAAGGUCGCGCAAACGGGUGUCCCAUGCACCAUUCAGAACCCCACACUGGUUUCCUCUCUGCCGGUUGCUAGCGGGCCGGUCUUUACGCUACCAAGUAUUAUGCUACCCAGUCCCAGUCCCUCUGUGCAGUCAGGUUCCAGGCCCAUAAUGGCCACAGUGGUGUUCAACGGCAACGGUUCGGCCGGAAGAGUUACUCGCCUGGUCCUCCAAUCCCAAGGACUGACUUUUCCGACGCAUACACUGUCCGAGACUCGGCCUAUAAGACUGUCUGUUCCCACACAGGCUAAUGCCCCGACUGCCGGUCAAGCCUCUCCUUCUAUGCAGUUGCCGAACCUCAUGAUGAUCCAACCGCAGGCGCUUGUUAAAUCCUCACAUCUCACCCUGUCCUCAAUCCCUUCCCUGGUUCCAGCCCCUGGACGUGCCCCUACACCCUCCUCUGCUCCUAAACCUGACCUUAUACCUGCACCUGUUCCCAUAACUGCACCUACCCCAACCUCUGUGGCUGGCUCCGCCCCUAUUUCUGCCCCCCGCCUCACACCUGCUACUGCUCCUAUAACGAUCCCUAUCCACAUUACUGCUCCCGCCCCCAAAACAGUCCCUACCCCCAUUGCUGCUCCGACCCCCAAAACAAUCCCUACCCCCAAAACAGUCUCUACCCCCAUUACUGCAUCCUUCCAUAUACCUGCCCUCACCCCCCUAAAUGCUACUUUCCCAGCCCCCAACCCUGGACCCCUGAAGAUCUUGGGCAUGUUUGCCAACCGUAGCCAAGAGGUGGCUCUGGGGAAACGGCUUGAAAAGAGCUGGCGAUCCAAGGGGGUCUUCCUCUGCCGUCAAUGUGGAGCCAUCUCCCGGCAACCGUCGCUGGGCGUGCGCCACCGCUACCUGCACCGUGGCUCGCGCCGGCACCGCUGCCACUGUGGCAGGACCUUCCUACACCUGCUGCACCUCCUGCGCCAUCACGUCCAGCACGCCGAGGCCACCCGCUUCGUGUGCGCCCCCUGUGGUCGGACCUUCUCCGGGGCCCGCUGCCUGGCCAGGCACAAACAGGACCAGGAGGGGAAGAGGAAGAGGAGGAGGAAGAGGAAGAAGAGGGAGAGGUCCAGGAAGGAUUGCCAUGCCCCGUUCUCCUGUGACUGUGGCCAGAUCUUUCACAGGCCCACCGCCUUCCUUUGGCACAAACUUAAAAACCCCAAACAGCAGGGAGCCAGUUUAAAAGGAACGCAAGGCAAUUACCCAGCUGAUGACACUGCCAGUCAGAUCGAGACCUGUCCUUUAUAGUGCUGUGUGUUUGUAUGUAUACCUAAAUUACCAUUUAGCAUUGUUUUUUCUCUUUUUUUGGAAAUGAUAGAAAAGAAAAUUAUGCUGAUUAUGUCUUGGCAGAAAAACACAAACCUUACUUUUCUGUACAUCAAAAUAUUGAUGUGCCAAAAACCAAAAUGACUAGUAAAACAGAAAAUAACCUGUAUGCCAUUUGAAUAUUUUUAUCUUGAUACUGUUCUGCAUUAUGGAUUUCAUGGUUAUUUUAUAUUUUUUACACACAUUUCUGAAUUAAAGUAAAGAUUUGGUUGGGUAAGUGGUGUGCCCCAAAGCAGAAAAUGAGUUUCAGAGAACAGUUUGUUUAAUUGGUGGGCUUUAAUGAUUUGGAAAACAUAUUUACACUGAAUUGAUUUUAACAUGUGCAAAAAUAAUGCUGUAAACGUCUUUAAGUAAUCUUUUUUUUUUUGCCUGUUUUCACAAUAACAGACAUGAAAAGGGAAAAGUUAAACAUAAACAGAACCAGUUAAAAAGGGCAUCAUAUUUUUUACAGUGGUCACUGCAUAUCUACAGCAAGUAACAUUCUUUUUAGAAGUCCAGUUUAUGAAAGAAAUCAUGCUGAUGCAAUUUU